UUCCCCAAAGGGCGUGGGAGCAGAGUUCAUUGUCCUGAUCUAGGCUCAGCGGUGGAAAGUCUCUGGGCUCAGAAGUGGGCGUGGGGGGAGCAGGACGGUGUAGCCUUGGGGACCCACUCGCCCCCCAAAUUCAGUGGGAGCCGCGUUCACCAGCCCGAUGAAACUGAAAGGGGCCGAGCAAGGAGAACUAGCUGCUAGGGUGUUGCCGAGCCGCUCAGUCCGACUUGUGCACAGGAGGUAGGUGGAGUCAGGGAGGGAGUAGCAGCUCCAUCUAUGCAGCUCCCCCACCCCAAGGAAUCACCCCCUACAGAGGCGAUCAGGGGAAGGGGUGGGGGGCUCCUUCCACCCGCCUCGGGAGGGUCCUGCAGCCUAUGCGGACAGCGCUGGGCACUGGCCGUGGGGGCGGCCAAAUAAACCCAGGGGGGAGCCCAAGUUGUGCAUUGCAGCUUUAAAGGGGCUGGUGAUUGACAGGGCAUGUAGCAGUGGAUGGGGUGGAGCCGCUGGGUGGGGUCAGGGACAGGCAGCUGGUGAAAACGAAAAGAGAGAGAGGGGGAAAAAAACAACAUUGCCCCCCCACCCCCGCCCCUGCCAUCAGCAAACACAAGGCGAGGAAGAGGAGAGGGGGAAGAGGAGGAAGGUUGAGUGGGAGCAGAGCCUUUCCAAGAAGCCCAGAGCCCUCCCCCACCCACCUACUCCACCCUCCCCUCCCUCCAGCACAGCUAAGCACCCAGAGCUCGCCCCGUGCCUGCCCGAGCCCAGGGGGAGGCAGAGGGAGGACCCCCCCGGAGCACGCCCAGGGGGAGCAGGAGGAGAUGCACUCCGAGGAGCAGAAAGAGAAAGCUGCAGGCUCAGUCCAGAGUAAGGUGCUGCCCAAGAUGAGCUCCUCGUCGCUGCUGGAGGAUAGCUCCAUAGAGCCCCCGGUGCUGCUGACUGACAUCAAGACAGAGCCCCCCGAAGAGCUGCUGGCCAGUGACUGCAACCAGCCCCAGGCCGAGCCAGUGGACCUGUCACUCAACAAGCCCAAGGUGUCGCUGCAGUCCUCCACCCUGCUGACCUCCUCCAUCAGGUCCUCACCCAUGCUGGUGGCGCCGCCCAUCCAGGCCCCCGUGGUCUCCAUGUCACCUACGGGGCUGGGCUCUUCGUCCGCCAUCCCUGCUGUGCUGUCCCCUGGCUCCAUCCUGGCCUCCACACAGGGCAGCGGGGGCCAGCAGAUCCUGCACGUCAUCCACACAAUCCCCUCGGUCAACCUGCCCAGCAAGAUGGGCAACUUGCAGACCAUCCCAGUGGUGGUGCAGUCCCUGCCCGUGGUCUACACCACGAUGCCCACAGACGGGGUCACCGCCGCCAUCACCGUGCCCCUCAUCGGCGGCGAUGGCAAGAAUGCCGGAUCCGUGAAAAUUGACCCCAGCUCCAUGUACCCUCUGGAGAUGAACAGCGACAGCGAGGACAGCGUCACAGAGAGCAGCUCAGCCCCCUUCCAGGACCUGCAAAGAGAGUCGCGGUCGCCUGUGGCCCGGAUGCAGCGGGCCGAGUCCCCCGACUUGAAGAAGAGGCGGAUUCACCAGUGUGACUUCGAGGGCUGCAACAAGGUGUACACGAAAAGCUCCCACCUCAAAGCACACAGGAGGAUACAUACAGGAGAGAAGCCGUACAAAUGCACCUGGGAAGGCUGCACCUGGAAGUUUGCCCGCUCCGACGAGCUCACCCGGCAUUUCCGCAAGCACACGGGCAUCAAGCCCUUCCGCUGCUCGGACUGUGACCGCAGCUUCUCACGCUCGGACCACCUGGCUCUGCACCGCCGGCGGCACAUCAUGAUGUGAGGGGGGAGCUCUGGCUCCUCCACCGCCCCGCCCACCCCCGCCUCACCGGCCAUGGCGAAGAGACUGCGAGACGGGAGGCACCGUCCCCAGCUUGAUUCAGCCUGGCAGCAGGCUGGAUGCCAGCUUGGCACCUGUGGCUGCCCACACCUGAGAAAGCAGACCUCCUACCAUGCACAUGAGGGCUAGAAUGAGGCUCUGGAGAGAAGCCUGCUCCCUCUCUUCUGUUCUCCUCCCCUUCCUUCAGUGGCUGGAAAGCCCCAGGAUUCCUUGAAAUGGCACCCAGCUCCUCAUCUGGCUUCGAUUUUUUUGCACAUUGCCUCUCCCUCCUGGGUCAGGAAACACAGUGGACGUCCGGCUCGUGUGAGCACAGCGCCAGCUUGUCCCAGCGCAACCCUGGCCUUGGCAAGCGAAUCAGACUGGCCAGACGGCGUCGCUGCUGGCAGAAGGCUGCUGCUGGGGGUUGGAUUGGGGGUUUGGCUCACGGCUAGGGGCUGGCUGUCUCCUACCAACGGGCUGAUGCAAUAGGACUCCGUUCCGGUGAAGCUGGCACUGCCGCCUCUCCUGUUCCACGACACGUCAAACAUGGCUUGUCCUAGCUGGUCUGUUGGACUCCCCGAGCUCCCGAGGCACUGCUGGCAUUGGAGAACCCGCCUGGCCUUGGCUUGAUCUCUCUCUUUUAUGAACACUUGGGUAACUGGCCGUUAACGAAGAGGCCUCAUUGCGUGAGGACAAGGGGUUCGUGGUGUUACCUGAGGAGGGGGGGCCCGAGGAACAAAGAAAAGGGAAAACUUUGCGGAACACGGAACUGUGAUGAUUUUAUCUGAUUUUAGG